CAAGCUAAAAUAAGACAGCCGAAGAAGAAGGACGAUGCAGCCUCCUUGUUGCUGUGGUUUUGUUGGGUCGAGGCAGAGCUGUCACAUUAGCUCGCGCUCAGCUAACGCAUUGUUUCUGUCACAUUAGCUCGCGCUCAGCUAACGCAUUGUUUCUGUCACAUUAGCUCGCGCUCAGCUAACGCAUUGUUUCUGUCAUGUCACGAGCGGCCCGUCCCCUCGCGACACAGGGUUGCUAACGGCUUCUUUUCCUCCGCCUGUUGGGUCGAGUCAGGGGAUAGAAGUCCGAGCGCGAGAGCACACGAGUGAGAUGAAAUGACAACGUCCACAUUACAGAAAGCGAUUGAUCUUGUGACCAAAGCCACAGAGGAGGACAAGGGGAAGAAUUAUGAGGAGGCCCUGCGUCUGUACCAGCACGCUGUGGAGUAUUUCCUACACGCCAUCAAAUAUGAGGCCCACAGCGACAAGGCGAAGGAGAGCAUCCGGGCCAAGUGCAUGCAGUACCUGGACCGGGCGGAGAAGCUGAAAGACUAUCUGAAGAAUAAAGACAAACAGGGCAAGAAGCCCGUGAAGGAGGCGCAGAGCAAUGACAAGAGUGAUAGCGACAGCGAGGGGGAAAAUCCUGAGAAGAAGAAGCUGCAGGAGCAACUCAUGGGUGCCAUUGUGAUGGAGAAGCCCAAUGUCCGGUGGAACGAUGUGGCCGGACUGGAAGGAGCCAAGGAAGCUCUGAAGGAAGCUGUCAUCCUGCCCAUCAAAUUCCCCCACCUCUUUACAGGCAAGCGGACCCCGUGGAGAGGCAUCCUGCUGUUCGGCCCUCCAGGGACGGGGAAGUCGUACCUGGCUAAGGCCGUGGCCACCGAGGCCAAUAACUCCACCUUCUUCUCCGUCUCCUCCUCGGACCUCAUGUCCAAGUGGCUGGGAGAGAGUGAGAAGCUGGUGAAGAACUUGUUCGACCUGGCUCGCCAGCACAAACCCUCGAUCAUCUUCAUCGACGAGGUGGACUCGUUGUGCGGCUCCAGGAACGAGAACGAGAGCGAGGCCGCCCGCCGUAUCAAGACAGAGUUCCUGGUCCAGAUGCAGGGUGUGGGAAACAACAACGAUGGUAUCUUGGUGCUGGGAGCCACCAAUAUCCCCUGGGUGCUAGACGCUGCCAUCCGCAGAAGAUUUGAGAAGCGUAUCUACAUCCCUCUGCCGGAGGAGCCGGCUCGGUCUCAGAUGUUCCGUCUUCACCUGGGCAACACUCCACACAGCCUGAGCGAGGCCGACCUAAGGCAGCUCGCCCACAAGACACACGGCUACUCCGGCGCCGACAUCAGCAUCAUCGUCCGGGAUGCUCUUAUGCAGCCGGUCAGGAAGGUCCAGUCUGCUACCCACUUCAAAAAAGUUCCCGGGCCCUCUCGGAGCAACAACCAGGUGAUGGUGGACGACCUCUUGACUCCUUGUUCCCCUGGUGACCCCGCUGCCAUAGAGCUGACCUGGAUGGAUGUGCCUAGUGAUAAGCUACUAGAGCCCAUAGUCUGCAUGUCGGACAUGCUGCGCUCUCUGUCCACCACCCGACCCACAGUCAACUCUGAAGAUCUGCUGAAGGUCAAGAAGUUCACAGAUGACUUUGGAAUGGAGGGCUGAGAGACCGCUCCGCCUUCCCCGGUCCACGAGGAGGGUCAAACUGCUCCCAACAGAUCUCAUAACCCCAUCCCCCAAACUGCUGUACCAUCCUGUAGAGUUUCAUCUCUCAGCGCUUGGUUCUCUGCCUCUCAUGGAUUUCAAAAUAAAGGGCCGGUCGGUUUGACUCGUAAUCAUCCUGGCCGGAGUUUUUUUUUUAAUCCUUGGAGGGAGUUGACCAAAAGCUACACUAGAAAAUGUUGGUGUGAUUUGGUAGCUGGACAAUAGAGUUCACGUCUUUCCCCCGUUUCAGACAAUGACUCAUUACUAGCUACAGCGCGCUCACUACAAGAACAUCAGCUAACCUGCAUGUGAGGAAAGCUGCACUUGAAUCUGAAUGCAUUACGUUUGUCCCUCUGCGAGCCCAUUCUGACUGAAGUAACUUAUUUUUUAUUUAUUUGCCUCUGUGCACUUUGCUUUGGGUCGCAAUGAAGGACAGUGACGUUUGAAGAAGGAACAAAAGAAGAAGAUAGUUCUCCUGCCAGAGCGUGUGAACGCAUCUAAAGUGUUUUUAUGAAAUGUAUGUCUCUGUUAUUUGAAGACUUGAAUUACUGACUCGUCACUGCCUCGAUGUCCCUCCACAGCUCUGUGUCUGCAGCAGGCCUGUGCCUCUGCUAGCAGCAGUCACGUUUCAUCUUUACAAUACAGGAGAUGUGCUGGAUUUAGGGCCACGCAACAUAUUUCCUCAAUCCAAAAGCUAUUUUAAAAACUCAAAUGUAAAACCUCUAGUGGUGCUUAAGAACACAUGAUUAAUUUAGUAGCUAUUCUGGAGCUUUUGGUCAUAUCACGUGAUCUUCCUCAGCAGAUGAAGUUUGCUAAUUGGUCAUGGUGUUGUGAAUAUUGAUAACUUCUUUUUUAAGUAAGAACUUCUCAUCCACGGUGACUUAACAUUUAAGGCUGAUAAACAAAAUGUUGUAGCUAAUGCGAAGCUUUUCUAUUUCAUCACAUGAUCUUCACUACAGCUCUGGCUGUACUUGAUUAUUGAAGUCUGUUCAGAACCUAAAUACCUUUUCUUUCCUUAAGAGAAUCAGGCGCAUCUGAGUGUUUUGUUUGUCCUGCCAUGACAGCUUGGACAGUACAGAACACUAUUUAUACAACUUGACUGACUAUAAUAGAGAGUUUGUUUACACUUGAAGUAUUUAUGUUGUUUUAGGAUGAAGUAUUUCUUCUCUUCUUUUGGAACGCAAAUGUACACCCCAAGUUCUACUCUGAGGCCACCAUGUUGUUUCAUUACUGCUUCGGGGGCCAGCUUUCCUUCUCGUAUUUAUCCUGUUAGCUAACAGACAGUAAGGACAGCUCGCCCCGCUGGCUCUCAAGAAGCAGGACGACACCGUUAGUCAGGUUAAAAUAAUCGUUUUAAUCUGCUCCUGUUUGUUCUGCUCUGACAUCUCAUCUCGUCUGCUAAAGCCAGUGAGCAGCGCCGUGUAUUUGAGGAGGUACAUACAGGUUCAGGGGGAGGCCAUUAUCAACGCCCCUGUAAGGACUUAACCUGCCGCUGGCCCUGUAACCGUUACCAAUUUAACCUGCAUUAAUAAAAACUGACAUUUCAAAUAAAAAGAAUGGCACAGUU